CUGGGACGCCGGGGCCGUUACCAUGGCGUGGCGCUGCUGUGCGCUGUGGUGGCGGUGAACAGCUUCGGCAUGGGCGCCAUCUCGCCCGUGUUGCCGCUGUUCCUGGAGCGCGAAUACGGCGUGUCGGCGACCGAGGUCGGGAUCGCCGUGGGCUUCUUUUUUGGCAUGGGCCGUCUCAUUACCAGCCUGCCCGCCGGAUAUCUUUCCCAACGUUACGGACGGCGGCGCAUCCUUGCUUUGGGCGCGGCCAUCAACCUCGUGGGCGCGGCCAUGGUGGCCGUGUCCUUCAGCUAUUUUUGGCUCACCGGCUGGCGCUUCGUCUCCGGAUUCGGCGGUAGCAUUUUCCUCACCAUCGCCACCAUUUACCUCCGCGACGAGGCCACGCCCGAAACGCGCGGGCGCCUGCUCAGCCUGCAGGAACUGAGCAUCUUGGCCGGCCAGACCCUCGGCCCGCUCCUGGGCGGCUAUCUCGCCACCAUAUUCGGAUUGCGCGUCCCACUCUACGCCCAGGCCGUGCUGAUGGCCGUCUCAUUGUUGGUCAUCCUCCUGGCGCUGCCCGAAUCCCGCUGGCGCGAACAGGCCGCCACCCAGCAGCGCAGGCAGAACCGCCCCACCGCGCCCGCCGCCGGCGCUCCUACCGGACCGGAUGCGCCCGGUGACACUGGCCGAGGCGCCAUCUGGCGCCUGAUCUUCAGCCCCGCGUUCAUCUUCGUCGGCUUGUUCGCUCUGAUGAUCGUCGCCAAUCGCCAGGGCGCCCGGUUCAGCGUGAUGCCCCUGUUCGGGCGUCACAAGGGCUUCGGCCCCGACCACCUCGGAUUGUGGAUCAGCCUUACCCACGUCCCCCAGUUUUUCACGACCAUGAUUUCCGGCUACAUCUCCGACCGUUUCGGACGCAAGGUGCCCAUCCUGCCCUCCAUUAUCCUGCUGUGCCUGGGCAUCGCCGCAUUCGUGUGGGCCGGAAACCUGUGGCAACUCCUCCUGUCCGGCGUCCUCCUGGGUAUGGGCGAAGGCCUGGGCAGCCCGGCCGGUACCGUCUUCUUCGCCGAUAUCGCUCCCCCGGGAAUGGAAGGGGUAACCAUCGGUCUGCUGCGGACUUUCGGCGGCUUGGGCACCAUGGUCGCGGCGCCGGCCCUGGGCGCCAUCGCCGACACCACCAGCUUCCCCACUGCGCUGUGGAUCGACGCCGUAAUCCUCGCCGCCUCCGGUAUCGGUCUGUUGCUCUUCGUCCGCGAGACCUACCGCCGCCGCCGCAGUUAG